AUGAUGGUCCGCGGUCACGCUCAUGCAACCGGCGCCGGCACGCGCGUUGUCACAGUGCUGGCUCUCGCCGGCGCAUGUCUUUUUGGACCCAUUUUUCCGGUGCUCGCUGAGCCUUCCCCUUGUCAACAAACCGUAGCCUGGCACCUGCAGUACAAUAACCAUCCGCCUACUCGUAUGCUGGAGGAGGUGGCAGCGCAGGAAUCGCCGCAGUGCAAAGAGUACAAGUACCGCCAAAUCACGAAAGGCGCCGAGGACAAGGAAGUCAAACGUGAUACCCCUGUGCCGUCGAUGCCGCCGCGCUUUUUUGGUGUGCCCAACAGCCAUGGAGGCUGGUUUCACAAAACCACUUCUCCAGCACGUGGAGUGGAAAUACCCGGCCGCACUCCUCCGAAUGGAGAACCUGGGGCCUUGGGAAAGAACGACUUCGGGCAUUUGCAGUUUGCGUUCUGCAGCAGCACGGACGACGCCAAGCCAUGCAACCAGGAUGCCACGGGGGCAAGGUCCAGCGGUACGGACACCCCGCUGCACCAAGUUGCGGCAGCUAUCUUUCGCGAAGUGCAUCGCGAUCGCGAUCCGAUGGAGCAGAGAAGCCACAACUACCAACACCGGCGGGUUGCGGUCUGGACCAAAUCCAGCCCGAAAACCGCUGCGAGUGGUUUGCGGACGGCCGUGGCCGGUGCGGUCAAGGGGGAAACCCACAAGGAGCUGGAGAUUCCCUCUUUGAAACCUUUCACCAGCCAGCUGUGCAGCGGCAGGCUGAACUGGACGCAACUCGCGGCCUCCGACCGUACCUACCAGCGCCGCCUCGUCUUCAAGCGGCACGCCGACGCGAUCCGGUUCUACACCGAACUGCAACUGUUCCAGUUGUUCACGGAUUUUCGCAUCUCGCCCCAAGCCGCGGAGAUGGCCGGACUACUGACGCAGCUCCCACCGUCAGAAAUUGGACAAUUCUCUGAGAAGUGCAAGAAGUUGACGGAGGUUUUUGAGGGCGUUCGCGCCCAGGUGGAGUACGACGUGGUCACUUUGGAGCAGGACCCGAUCCUAAACCAGAAGGGCGCACCCCACCGCCGGGACCCGCAGCGGCAGCACGAACCGGCCGGGGUGCCGCAGGUGCUGGCGGCGAUCGGGGAGAACUUGGAGGAAGAAUUGCGAGCGUUUGCGGCGGCCGAUAAGAGCACCAGGUCGGAGGUCCGGCGGCCCAAAAAUCACGACAUCUUCGCGACGCUGCAACGGGCCGCGCACGAGCUGUUCGGAGAGCAAACAAGAUCUGCCACCAGCCCCUCAGCCGGUGGAGCUGCGGCGCCAGCAGCAGCAACCGGAGGUCUUCCCGCUGGUGAAGCAGCAGCAGCUACCUUUUCGAAGUCGCAUCAGGGGAAGAUUGCGGAGCGCCGCGCCAAGUCGCAGGAGCGGGACCGCGUUCGCGCGGCGCGCGAGCGUGGGAGCGCCAUGCGGGAGAAAAUUGCAGAGCUGCUUUUCGGCGCGUCGGACCGGUUGCAGAUUUCUUUGCUCGAUAUGUGGCCGAGUGAUGUAUCAAGUUGAAAAGUGCCCCCCCGCCCCCGGAUGUUUCAAAGGUUUUUGUUGCAGCCUCAGCUGAAGGUUUAGCUCAUCAAAUCUAUUCCUGCUUCGGAUUCUGAGAGCGCAAUAAUAAAGCAGGAGCUCCCACAUGACAAGUGCCCUUCGUUUUGCAACACAGAGCUUCGCUUCUCUCAAUCAAAAAUCUGUCAUGCUACUAAGUACUGACAUACGAUACAACUUGCUACAGUGCGGAAAAUCUUUCCACGUGGGAACUGUAGCUGCAGCACAAGCUGCGAUUUAAGUUCUGGUAGCGCCGUCGGUUUAGCGCACAGCGCAAACGCUCUCACGUAGUUCUGGGGUAGGGCGGUGCUUUUCACUUUGAUACCAUGAGGAAAUGAAAGAGGUCCUCGCGUCGGUGACGGACAAAAAAUCGUUCAUCAAGGGAUACUUAAAGGGCUGGGAGCACGCGGG